CUACACCAUAAAAUCAGCUAGCUAGCUCGCCACGUAUGGAUUCAUGAACCGACACUCAUCAACCUCGUCCUCGUUCUCAGACUCAGACACCUAACAAGCUUCAAUAAAUUCCUUCACCUGCCAACUAAUAAAACCCGGCCAGCCCCUAUUAAUUGAUACACUCAACUGAAUGUUCAGAGAAAAUUUAACAACUUUGUCAAAAAUAUACAUCUUCAGUUACUCAACUUCAUUUCUCCGUUUCAUAUAUAACGGCAAUGUAUCUUCUUCCCGGAAGCUGAUCAACCGAGCUAACCCGAUACACAUGGCUUCCUCAUCUUGCUCGUUGUUGUCAUUCCGGUUAUUGUUGUUAAUGUUGUUGUGCAUUUCCGUUACUGUUCUUGGCUCAUCACCAGAUGAAGAGAAUUACAGUGAUUCUGAUAUAAUCGACGAUGGAUUUCUGCAGAAAGAGUGCUUGACAACACCGACAUCAGUGUUUUUGAAGUCGGUCCGGCUGGCGAUCGAAGAAGUAGAGAAGGUUACAUCAAUUGUUUCGAAAUUCACUGGUGCUUUCUCUCACAAUUUCAGAUUGUCACAUGCUGUAACCGAUUGUCUUGAUCUGCUUGAUUUUACCGCCCAAGAGUUGAGCUGGACACUGAAUUCUGCUCAACAACACCUUCUACACCAUCAUCUUCGUAACAACACUCCUGAUGCAGCAGGGACAUGGUGGCAACCUACUUGGAACAGGGGAAGAAAGAAUGGCGAGAGACCAUCAUCUUUGCCCUCGACAUCAAGAUCGUCCAGCAGACUACUAGCAGAUGAUCUAAGGUCAUGGUUGAGUGCGGCACUCGGAAAUCAAGACACCUGCAUUGAAGGAUUUGAGAAGACUAGUAGCAUUUUUGUUCAGCACAUGAUUGCAGGAGGACUGAAGCAUGUUACGUCACUCGUUUCCGACGUUCUUUCCAUGGUACGCCAUGAAGAGCAUCAUCAACGUCACCGGGAUCGGAAUUUUGCCGGACAGACGGUUAAUAAGGUUGCGAAAAGGGAAAAAAGGCGUAAUUUCCCUUCAUGGAUGCAUAUUAGAGACAGGAGAUUGUUGCAGCUAACUCCUCCUUCGCCACCGCCUCCGCCUCCAACGAUCAACAAUAAUGGUACUGCUAAUGCAACCAGUUACGGCAAUAUGACUAUUAAUGUGGUUGUCGCUGCUGAUGGGUCUGGGAACUUCACUAAGAUCAUGGACGCAGUAGCAGCAGCUCCUGACAAGAGUACCAACAGGUUUAUCAUCUACAUUAAGAGAGGAAUUUACAAUGAGAAUGUGGAUAUUAAGAAGAAGAAAUGGAAUCUUAUGAUGAUUGGCGAUGGCAUGAAUGCAACUGUUAUUACAGGCAAUCGGAGCUUCAUUGAUGGUUGGACCACAUUCAGGACCGCAACUUUCGCUGUAUCUGGAAGAGGAUUCAUUGCGAAAGACUUAAUGAUAGAGAAUACAGCAGGAGCAGUGAAGCACCAGGCAGUUGCGCUUCGAUCUGACUCGGACCUAUCCGUCUUCUACAGAUGCGCGAUCACGGGGUACCAGGACACACUGUAUGCACACUCGCUCCGUCAGUUCUAUAGGGAGUGUCUAAUCACUGGAACGGUCGACUUCAUAUUUGGUAACGGAGCCGUCGUCUUCCAGAAAUGUGAUAUACUAGCGAGAAAACCACUUCCAGAUCAGAAGAACUCCAUUACAGCUCAAGGCCGCAAAGACCCGAAUCAAAACACCGGAUUUUCCAUUCAGUUCUCCAACAUUUCAGCAGAUUCAGACCUGGCUGCUGCUGCUUCUGUCCCUAGUUAUAAUGCUUCUACAAAUAUUACGACGCGACCCACUCAGACGUAUCUAGGCAGACCCUGGAAGCUGUAUUCAAGAACUGUUAUCAUGAAAUGUUACUUGGGAGAUCUGAUAAGACCCGAGGGAUGGCUGGAAUGGAAUGCGACUUUCGCACUGGAUACACUCUUCUACGCGGAGUACAUGAAUUACGGACCGGGUGCAGGAUUAGGGAAAAGAGUGAACUGGCCUGGAUAUCAAAUAAUAAAUGACUCGUCACAGGCGAUUAACUUCACGGUGGCACGGUUUGUUGAUGGUAAUUCUUGGUUGCCGUCGACUGGAGUUACGUACACUGCAGGGUUGGACAUGUAAUGUGCAUUGGAAACAACGGCAUGAGAUGAGAUUUUGCCUUGAACUGAUUGUCGAGGCGCGAUAUGCAAGAAGAUAAUUCUUUUGAUGUUUAUGUUCAUAACCAGAACAGUGAUCAAUUCAGAUAUAUAUUUAUGUGCACCAUAACUGUGUUUUGUUCUUCCAGUACCCACAACCUGUUCAAGACGACUACUUCUUAUAGUUUUACAUAAUACUCCCUUCGUCCAAGAUUAAUUGAGCUAUUUGGUUUUAGAGUUUGUCCAAUAAAUAAUUGAGUUAUUUCACUAAUUAAGGGGUUAUUUCUAAAACGCCCUUUUAAUUGA